AUGUCCAACACCGACUUCCUCGGCCGCGCGAUCGACCAGGUGCGCAAGGCCAUCGAGGCCGACAACGCGGCGCAGUACGACAAGGCCUACCAGAUGUACUACCAGGCGCUCGAGCUCUUCAUGCUGGCGCUCAAGUGGGAGAAGAACCCCAAGUCCAAGGAGAUGAUCCGCCAGAAGACGGCCGAGUACAUGGACCGCGCCGAGAAGCUCAAGACGCACCUCAGCGACGCCGACGCCAAGCGCAAGAAGCCCGGGAUGGUGGGCGCCAACGGCUCCUCGACGGGCGGCACGGGCAAGGGCAAGGAGAACGGCGAGGACGGCGAGCCCGUCGACGAGGACAGCAAGAAGCUCCGCAACGCGCUCGCCGGCGCGAUCCUGCAGGACAGGCCGAACGUCAAGUGGGACGACGUCGCCGGCCUGGAGGGCGCGAAGGAGGCGCUCAAGGAGGCUGUGUUGCUGCCGAUCAAGUUCCCGCAUCUGUUCCAGGGCAAGAGGCAACCGUGGAAGGGUAUCCUGCUGUAUGGGCCGCCUGGUACGGGUAAGAGUUACCUGGCAAAGGCGGUGGCGACAGAGGCGAACAGCACGUUCUUCAGUGUCAGUUCGUCAGACCUGGUCAGCAAGUGGAUGGGUGAGAGUGAAAGGUUAGUCAAGCAGCUAUUCAACAUGGCACGCGAGAACAAGCCAUCCAUCAUCUUCAUCGACGAAGUCGACGCCCUGUGCGGGCCCCGAGGCGAGGGCGAGUCCGAGGCCUCACGACGUAUCAAGACCGAGAUGCUGGUACAGAUGGACGGUGUAGGAAAGGACAGCACGGGCGUGCUCGUCCUAGGCGCGACCAAUAUCCCCUGGCAGCUUGAUGCUGCCAUCAGGAGACGUUUCCAGCGGCGUGUACACAUCAGUCUACCCGACAUCGCAGCACGGACGACCAUGUUCAAGCUUGCUAUCGGCGAGACACCUACCACUCUUCAGAGUAAUGACUAUCGGGAAUUGGCGAAAUUGGCCGAGGGCUACUCGGGAAGCGAUAUCAGUAUCGCGGUGCAGGACGCUUUGAUGCAACCCGUGCGCAAGAUCCAACAAGCAACGCAUUUCAAGCCGGUCAUGGUCGACGGAGUACGCAAAAUGACGCCCUGCUCACCGGGCGAACCCGACGCCGAGGAGAAGACCUGGGACGAUGUGACGUCGGAAGAGUUGCUCGAGCCGCUCGUUGACUUCAAGGACUUUGUCAAGGCCAUCAAGGCAAGCAGGCCGACAGUCUCCGCAGAUGAUCUCAAACGCAACGCAGACUGGACGAAUGAGUUUGGAAGUGAGGGCGCGUAA